GAGUCCGAGUCUUUCGUGCAUUGGAAAUAUCCAGUAUCUGCAGCACAUCAGAGGCGAAGGGUUCUGUCUGGUAUAUUUCGACAGACUGUGUGCGAUCUGUUCGGACUCGUCUUGCCUAAAUCGAUUGACCCAAGAUGGCAAUUGCAGUUUUUGGUUCAAACCCUUCGGGCCGCUCCCGCCAAUCCGUUCAUAUACUACCUACGCUUGCGUUAGGGCUGGACAGCGGGAAGAAUUAGGUAUAUACGUACCCAAGACGGCAAUUGGUCAUUCUUCUUCCCAAUCAGGCCUACAAGCAUGACUGUCUUUGACAGCGCAGUUACCACUGAGCAGGUGGUUACCGCCUUCGCUACGCAGGUUAGGGGACGUGUCUUUGUUAUCACCGGUGCCGGCCAGCCUAGCAUCGGGAGCUCGAUCGCCACAGCGCUCGCCAAAGCAUCCCCUGCUCAUAUUCUGAUCGCGUCCCGCACCGCUGCAAAUGCCAGCCCGGUCCUCGCAGCCAUUCGCGAGAUCGACCCCUCAGUCCAAACGACAUUCGUCGCGGUCGACCUGUCCGACCAUGACUCGGUGCGUCGUGCCGCCCAAGAGAUCCUGGCAGUCACUGGUUCCAAGAUCGACGUCCUCAUCAACAGCGCCGGAAACAUGGCCGUGAAGGAAUACACGCUCGACAAGCAAGGCAUUGAGAUGCAAUUCUCCGUCAACCACAUUGGCCACUUCCUGUUGACCAACCUGCUCGCACCCGCACUGUUAGCCGGCGCUGAGAGCCCGCACGGAGCGCGCGUGGUCAACCUCACCAGCGCCGGCUACCAAAUCUCCCCCGUCCGCUACGACGACCCCGGCUUCUCGGGCGGCAAGGCCUACGACCCGUGGUCGGGCUACGGCCAGGGCAAGACAGCCCAGAUCCUGUUCGCCAACGGCCUCACCGACCGGCUCCAGCGCCGCGGCGUCGUAGCGUUCGCCUGCCACCCGGGGUCCAAUCUCGACACCAAGCUGGGCGCGCACCUGGGCAUGGAGGACUACGCCUCCAUCACGCCCGUCACCAAGCGCAACACGGGCGGCGACUUCGCCUUCACCGUCGGCGACGAGCCGCGCUUCAAGAGCUACGCCCAGAUCGGCGCCACCCCGCUGAUCGCCGCCCUGGACCCGGACCUGGCCGCAUGCGCGGGGCCGGCUUACCUGCAGAACGGCCGCGUCGUGCAGCCGAUGGCGGCGCACGCGUACGGCGCAGAGCACGUCGAGCGGUGCUGGACGCUGAGUGAGCGCCUGGUCGGUCAGAGGUUCGAGUAUGGGGAUUGAGUGGGGAACCGGGUACAUGGAGGAAGGGAGGGAGUGCUGCAUCCGGGGCGGAUGGAGUGUGGAAUAUGCGGAUCUGUGACGUUUCUAAUCCAUGGAUGUGCUUCGUGGAACGAAAUGGCCAACGGACUUUGUGUUGAUUACACCAAAAGUGUACUAAAUUCAAAACAUUUACGGUGACACGCCGAAG